CUUCGAGAGUAUGGUCGAAUCUGGCACGCGAUUGGCUGUCAGCUGUCAGUUUAAAAUGUUGGUUAUUGCGGACGAUGCCGUGCUAAUGUUGUGACGUUAAGCGUUUUCCUACCUUACACCUUACACCUUACACUGCGCGCUCGAAAGUUAGACAGAGAACGUGUGGUUGCACGCGAGGCCUGGCCGAGAUUACGCUACAAGCUUUCGGCGAUUAUGGCUGCCGCCGUAAGCUCCGAGCGUAUAGAGGAGGAGCAACGUUUGACUGGGAAUCCAUGCUCUUCAAAGUAAUCCUGAGUCAAUACAAAUCUGAUUUGACGUCGCUUGAUUACUUCUUUUGGGGACAUAUCAAAAGUCUCGUUUACAAGAUACCAGUGGACAACCCAAAAACACUUGUAGUCAGAAUACUUGCAGCAUUUGACAUGAUCCAGGAGAUGCCUGGGGUAUUUGAGAGAGUGUGCCAGAGUUCAACAAUGCCUGCAUUGAAUAUAGUGGUCGCCACUUCAAACACCUUUUCUGGGACUCCGUACGCCGGUGGUUUCUUUAGAGUUAAAUUAGCUCUUGGGAAAGACUUCCCGCAAGGACCACCAAAGGCUUAUUUCCUCACAAAGAUUUUUCAUCCCAAUGUAGCAAAAAAUGGCGAGAUAUGCGUCAAUACUUUAAAAAAGGAUUGGAAACCAGAUCUCGGAAUACAACAUAUAUUACUGACUGUAAAAUGUUUGCUAAUAGUGCCAAAUCCUGAAUCUGCUUUAAACGAGGAGGCUGGCAAAUUGCUUUUAGAAAGUCACGAUGAAUAUUCAGAGCGAGCGAAAAUGAUGACUGAGAUACAUGCACAGGGAGGUGGAAAAGGUAGUAAAGUGGGUCUGGAAAGUUGUGCCUCUUCGGAAAGCGGAGGACCCCUUCCAAAAAAACAUGCAGGUGAUAAGAAAUUAACAGCGGAAAAGAAAAAAAUGUUAAAAGACAGGAAGAGAACACUGAAAAGAUUAUAAAAAUAAAUCAUUAUUUAUCUGUCUUUUGUAAUUGAAAAUAUUGGUAUAUGGGGUAAUGUUGCCUCGUAUUGUAUACAAUUAUUAUUGCAUAGUAAAAUUUUAUUAUCUAAACAUGACUGAUCUUAUUAUUAACUAUGAUAUAUAGAGAAUUUGAUAUUUCUAGUAUGCAAAAACACGAGAAAAAGAAAAAUUGAUCUACAUUUUGUGGAACAUGAAGUACAAUUCUGUAGCAAUCUCUAUAAUUGCGGGCUGAAUUAUAGUAAUAGCCUUUUCUCUAUGCUAUUAGCAAAUAUUUUUACAUAUGUACAAAAUGAUAUAUGAUUAAGUAAAAUAAAAUGUGUCUUCGCAUAAUA